AUGCCCACCAAAACGAUAUGGAUUUGCACGAAAUACCGCAAGACGGGAUGCAAAGCUAGAGUGACAACAUCGAAAAACAUGGCUGUAAUCAGCAAUGACCAUAAUCAUCAGCCUAACUGUGCUGCCGAGUUCAUUGCGACGUUGCCGUUUCAGACUGUCAAGGUGUUUCAGAAGCGGGAUAGGGAUUUGGUACCGUUGGAUUAA